AUGUCAUUUGCUCAGUAUGGAACUGCCGAAAGCAAAAUGAAAACAACCUUGGAAGAUCUAUGCAAUGAAAUUCUUCUUCAGAUCUUGGAAUGUGUACAUAAUCCAUAUGAUAUUUAUCGCGCUUUCAGUCGUUUAAAUCAUCGAUUUGACCUCAUUCUUCAAUCCGUCCGUUUACAACUCGAUAUCUUCGUUGAAGAUAAACAAUCGUUAACAAUGAUUCGUUACUUUUCAGCUAAUUGUACUCAUCUACGCAUCUACAACAUGUGUCCAUCGAUCUCAUUGCAACAGUUUCUUCGUUUGCGUUCGCUUACCAUCCAUGAGCCGACCGAUGCACAAAUGAACUUGAUUCAAUCAACAACCUUACCAAUGCUUGAACAUCUCGCCAGUCCAGCGAGUAUGAUGAUAUUCGAUUGUCUAUUCAGUAAUCGCCAUAAACCAUGGUUAUAUCUUCAUUCAUGUCAUUUCUACUUUCCUCAUUUUCCAAAUUCGAAAGUAACGUGGCAGCCAAAUCGUACACUUCGUACAUUGUCCGGUGUGACUUGCUCGCGAAAGACGUUGAGUCAGUUAUUAUCACUUCUGCCAUCCUUAAAGUGUUUGCGUGUCGAUAUGAUUGCAAACGAUUUGUCUGAUUGGAACACGAUGAUAUUCGAGAAGACACUUACAUCAUUACGGAUCGGUUUCCAUCAAUUAAAUUACGAUGAUAUUCGCGUACUGAUUGGCCCUCUACUAAGACGAUUGCAUAUCGAAGUAUUCUGCGAACAGCCAUCAAUUAACUUUAGCCUACUAGGUGCUGUAAUUAUGAGUCGAGGAAAAGAGUUAGAACAGUUCUGUUGUGAUUAUCGAGGAAGAAACAUUCCCGUUGAUUCAAUCAAAACUGCUCACCGAAUGUUUCAAAGUAUACAAGUUCUUCCAACACAUUCAUAUGACACUAAUAGUUUCAAAUGUGAGUACAAAGGCAAAAUAAAUUGA